CCCCGUUCCUCUUGCUCAGACCUGCACCUGAAUAGAAGUUCUCCACAGACACUAUCAACGCCCUGUUCUUCAUUCUCUUUUUCCCUCCCGGCCUGAGGGCGGCAGCAGAGCGCGCAGUUCCCGAGCAGAUGAAUUACGUCAGAGGAGUUGCCUACACGACUGUGUCUGUAACGUGGAAGUAGGAGAAUCUCACAGAGUGUAUGGCAUUACAAAGGCCAAAGCAGAGCUGCUGUGAAGACAUGCCUACCAAGAAGAAAAAUGCCAUUCCUGACAGAUGGACAGACUAUACAGCAGUGGGUAAACGGAUCCCUGGAACUCGCUUCAUCGCUUUUAAAGUUCCCUUAAAACAGUCUUUUAGAUAUCAUUUAACACAAUCAGAAGCCUUUGGACCGUUUGAUCUUGUGCGUAUUUUAGAGAAGAAAGGACAACAACUGGGUCUCAUCAUUGAUCUGACCUACACAACUCGCUACUACAAAGUAGAGGAUUUGCCAAACACAUUGUACCACCUGAAGAUCUUCACAGCAGGGCAUGAAGUGCCAAACGAUGCCACGAUUCUCAGCUUCAAGAAGGCCGUCAGACAUUUUCUGCAUGACAAUGAAAACAAUGAUAAGCUGAUUGGUGUUCAUUGCACGCACGGUUUGAAUCGCACCGGCUAUUUAAUAUGUCGAUACCUAAUUGAUGUUGAAGCGAUGAACCCCCAAAAAGCGAUUAAUUUAUUCAAUGAAUCAAGGGGAUAUUCAAUUGAGAGGCAGAACUAUCUUGAUGACCUGAGGACGGGGCCCACGAGAAGUAAUGAGGGAAUGGAGGAGCCAGACCAAGAACCCGCCCAGGGACUUGCAAACGAACCACGAGAUGAUGCUCCUCAUCAUCGAAGGGAAUGGCAUAACCAUGAUCCUCCUUUUAAUGGACAAGAACCUCACCAAUGGCACAGGGAACCCCAGAAUCAGUUUUUACCGUUUCACCAGAAGGACAGCAUGACUUGGUUCGAACCACCUGAGCGCCAGUUCUUCCGUCCGCCCUUGAUUCCUCAUCCACCGCAGGGCAUGAGACCCUGUUUUCCCAACCAGAGCGUCAGAGGAUUCCACUUCGGACAUUAUCCACCUCCGCUUCCCUCCUACAGGUUCGGCGAACCAUACCACAAUCCACACGCGCCUCCAGAGGAAUUCACGAGACCUCCAGGGCCUCACCGAAAACUUCGACAUAGACACAGGAAAGGUCCGAAAGAUAGGACUCCUCGCUGAAAUGAAGGAGGCUACACACUUUCAACCCAAACUGCUGGACUGUGCUUUUUCUGAACACCAGCUGCUAGUCCGAUUGUUAAAUUAUUCUCUCCGUGCAGGAACUCUUCUUUUUCUUUGAUGGAGUAAACGGAUUUGGUCUCCUAAAGAGGUUGACUGUUUUAUUAGACUCUACUAGCUAACAAUACUACUACAACGUUUUGUGAUGGUUAUCUGUUAUUAGGUCAUUUUAAUCCGGCAAAUGUAAUUCAUACACAUAAUCUAUAACUGCUGCUAAUCUAACAUGCCUUUAGUUUUAAAUGAAGUGAAAUAUUAAACACCUUUGCAAGUGCAAUUACAGUUGUUUUAUUAUCUCCUUAUAUUUUACACGUUUUGUAUUUUUUUUUUUUUAUCAUUUAAAAUAUUCUGGCUGAUGUAAGGUCUGUUAUUUAGGCUACAAGUCUACUGAUCAGAUGUUCUCAGUGAUCCGAGAGAACCCAGGUUGAGAUCAGCUUAAUAAAAGGUUUAUCUGCUCAA